CGGUGCUUUUCCUCUCGCAUUUCUUCUCAUAACAAAUGAUUUCUCCGUUCUACAAAGCCAAGCAGUGAUACGACAGCUAUCAUUGAUUUUUUCACACACCACAAUACAGUAUAGUUUUGGAGUACUACAUAACUUUAUUCAGCAGCGGUUGCCGAUAAAUCGUUGCUCCAAAGCAAGACCAGAAAGCUACAACAGAAGAAUACAAAACAUACCGAUGGCGAUGGCGACUCGUGCAAUUCCCUCGUUUCAAACCAAGAGCAGACGAAACCUCUUUGCAAAUGAGGGCCUCGACAACGAAGAGCCUCUCGAGGUGAAAGACUCUAACGAACCCACCAUUGGCAGUGAAUUUCCCGAGGAAGAAGACCCAGCAGUGAACGAGAACGAGAACGAUGACAAGGUGAACGAUACAGUUGUUCUCUCUUCCGAGAACGACGGCACAAAUACUUGCGGCCAGGCACUGACACUGAAGAUCAAAACGUCCCCGUCGAAAUCCAUCAGCUCCAAAACGUCACCCAGAAAAAAGAAGACUCCCAGUCCACGCAGUCCCAGUGGGAGUAUUUUUUCGUGGCUGUUUGGUGGUUUUUCCGGAGGCAGCAAGAAACGACGACCGCCGAUGAAGGCAAAGGGGAUAUAUUACGACAGCACGACCUGCGAUGUCAGAAAAGAGAGCKAYCGCACUCUUGCGAUUGGGGAAAACGGGGAAGCCGAAUACGUUCCAGACUGGAUUGCRAGCAAUCUAGAAGGACACCAGCGCAACGUUCCCGUUCUCGUCCGACGACCGGAAUACGAUUGCUACAACGAGGUAGACGACAAGAAGCUUCUUAAGAAGGUCAUGAUCAAGGCCAGGAAGCUCCCGCAGGAACCCGGAAAGUAUGCCAGCAACCACAUCAUGGUCAACGCGGCACGAACCAUCCGGAACGUCCCACCCCUGCGUAGAGAGCGAUAUAUGGAUCAGAUUGCGAGGGAGCAGGCCAAGAUGAUGGCGGAGGAGCGAAACCUCUUUCACAUCGAGACACCGAGAGACCUCGAGCGGCGACUGAAAGAAAUGGACAUGGAUUCCAACGAGCUUCCCGUAUUUACGCGCAUGGGAAUCAACAUUGGAAAAGGAAAGACCAUUGCAGAGAUCCACAGGUUUAUGAUGGCGGCCCUGGCGGAGCGAAACAACAUACAAGACAAGAGAUUYUCGCGAAUGGGAAUGGGGACCCACCACGACAAGUACGGCGUGCUCUAUAUGUGCCAGAUUUAUGGAGGAUAAUCAGAACCGUUGAGAGCAGAAGGUUCCUAGCUGCGAGCUACGAUUUUAUACAAAAGCUGGUGAAACUUCUCUGUCGCCAAAUGUCUCUCUCCCUCUCUUAUUUGCCAAUGUGUAGAAGUACUUGUAGAACCUAUUUAAAGCAACAAAUGCUAAAAUUGCAG